AAUUUAUUAAGAAUGUCCGCAACUAAAAGAAAACAGUAUUUGUUUGAUAAAGACGUACCACUUAGUAAAUAAGCUUUAAGUGAACUUAAAAAAAUUUUGAAAAGAGAGAAGUUACAAAACAACGAAUUGCUGUCUUGCAGUAGUAGGAAUAUAAGUGACCAAAGUAAUCCUCAUGUUUUAUUGGAUGAAACGGACAAUGAUGUAAUAUCAUUAGCAUUAGACGAGUCUGUAUCGGCUAAUCAAAAUCCUAUCACAUCGGAGCAACAAUUACUGAUUAAUAAUAAUUCUAGUUUUGCCUGGAGUGACUUAUUAAGUGAUAAUGAAGAACUACAACUACCUUCAUGUACAAAGUCAACAUCAAAUAGUAUACGAGAACUUAUAAAUAAUGAGGAAUUCUUCAAUGUGUUGUCGUUGAAUGUGCAAAAAAGCCAAGCUGAAUUAUUACUGAUGUUAUUGAAAUUUUCAAUAGCAAACACCUUAUCAAUGACAGGUAUUUCUAAUUUGUUUAAACUAAUUAAUCUAGUAUGUGGCAGCGCUGUAGUACCUCAAACUCGAUAUAAAAUUGACAAAUUGUUUGAUGAUGACAUUAUUACACUACAUGGGGUAUGUCCUGCAUGUACAAAUUAUAUUGGAACAUUUCAAGAUUUUAAUUAUGUAGUAAAUUGUGCAAAUUGUGACAAACCUGUAAAUAUGUCAAAUCCAUCAAGUCAGUGUUAUUUUGCUAUAUUUGAUCCGUCAAAUGCAAUACAGGAUUAUAUAGAAACUAAUGAAAAUUAUUAUGAUUAUGUUGUAAAAGAAAGAGAGCAUGAAAAAAAUCAUAUAAAAGAUAUAUACGAUGGUGUGCUGUAUAGAAAAUUUGUUCAAAGUUUGAAAGAUUCUGAUCGCCACUCGUAUGCUACAGUAAUAUUUAACACAGACGGAGCACCAGUUUUCGAAUCGUCUACUUAUUCUAUAUGGCCUAUAUAUUUGAUUCUUAAUGAGAUUCCUAUACAGAGCAGAAUGAAAAGUGCGAUCACUGCUGGACUAUGGUUUGGCAAAGAUAAACCAAUAAUGAGCGUUUUCUUGGAUGCAUUCGUAAAUAUGAUAAAUGAUUUAUCAACAGUGGGUGUGGGUAUACCCUGUAUGAUAAAAAAUGAACGACGUAACCUGAAAAUUUUUGCAUUGGUUGCUUCUGUGGAUACUGUAGCUAGAGCACCAAUGAAUGGAUCAAGUCAAUUUAAUGCAAGAUAUGGUUGUGAUUGGUGUACACAUAAAGGGCAAUAUUUUCAAGGAAGCAUGCGAUAUCCUUUUCGGAUUCCAUUACCAAAAAAUAGAGAUCAUGAUACUACAAUCAAACAUGCAGCAGAGGCAGUUGAAACAGGUAAACGUGUUUUUGGAAUCGUAACUGCUUCUCCUCUUUUAAAUCUGAAGAAGUUUGAUAUUAUAGAAGGUUUUACGCCUGACUACAUGCACUGCUAUGUAGCAGGUGUUGCAAAACAAUUUACUACAUAUAUAUUGAGACAUUUAAGAAAAGCCGAUAUCCAGUAUAUUAAUCAGUUACUUGAAGCAAUCCGUGCUCCUCACCAAAUAGGUCGAUUAACAAGAUCUCUAAAAAAUAGAAAAUACUGGAAAGCUCGAGAAUAUGAAAACUGGCUUUUGUACUAUAGUAUUCCUGUUUUAAGUGCAGUUUUGGAUAAUGCAAGGAUUUUAAAACACUGGGCUCUUUUAGUAGAUGCUUUACACAUAUGCUUAGGAACAAAUAUUACGUAUACUGAAUUGAAUCGAGCGAAUGAAAUGCUACAUGAAUUUGUAUCGAAAGCCGAAGAUCUGUACUCUUUAACUUCAUUAACAUAUAAUGUACACCAGUUACUUCAUUUGCCUACGAGUGUGUACAAUUGGGGGCCAUUGUAUUCACAUUCGACAUAUCCUUUUGAAUCAGCAAAUUGUAAAUUGCUGCAGGCCAUUCAUUGUGCUAAGGGUGUUAUCUUACAAAUAGCAAGAUAUGACAAAAUUCAAAGAGCAAUACAAAUGUUGUCUAACAGUAUUUAUCCUACUUGUCAUGAAAGUGUUGUACAAUAUUGUGAAAACGUUAAAACUCCAUUGGGAAAGAAUAUAUAUAAAAUAUCUAGCAUUAAUUAUUUAGGUAAAGGAAAAAGUGCCAAUAACGAAACACUUGAGAAAUUUGGUAUAUCAAAAGAUGCACGAGUUUUUCACAAAAUUAUUUAUAAAGGAUGUUUGUUUAUGACUUCAAAAAAAAAAAAAAUGCUCGAUCAUGCAAUUACUUUGCACAACUUGACACUGGGGAAUACGUAGAAAUAAAAUAUUUCCUAAUCAACGAUAAAAGUAAUCAAGAAUUGACUAUUUGUCAGCUAAUUAAGACAAAGCCCAAUAAGUAUUCAUCAUUUGUACAAGAAGUGUUAGAAUUUUCAAACGAAUUAUGUAUUAAUACAACCAAAAUAUCAGCAACCUGUGUAUUUAUUGAAAUAGAAACUAAAAUGUACAUAAUUGCAGUGCCGAAUCAACUAUUUUAUUAAUAACGAUCAUUAUGUGUUACUUAAUAA